UGAAAUGAAGGGCCAGAGCAAUCCGGCAUUCCAAUUUACAAAACCCUAAAUUGACGACGAUAACAACGAAGAAGACGAAACGAUCUUCAAUCGUUUCUCACCAACAAUGUUGAUCACAUCUAGAAACCUCUCAACAAAUCCAAUCAUCCGCGCCUCUGGUUUCUUCACCACCAAUCCCUUACUCUCCCCUAUCAAAAUCCCAAAACUCACUCUCUCAAUCCCCUUCAACACUCCCCAACAAUCCAAACUUCUAAAGAUCAGUUCUCCAUCACUCACAACCAAUUCCAUCGCCCUUCAUCGUCCUAUCAAGUCUAUUCAAUCAGACAGGAGAGCAGUAGAAGUACAAAACGGCGAAAUCAGCUUCGAUGGAUUCCUCUCCUUCGUCGAAUUCUUCUGUCUUGCUUCAUCAAUGGUAAUUUCAGUCGGUUACGCCAUGAAUUUCUUCGUUUCAACUUCACAGAAACCGAUUAUUGCUUGGUUGGGAAAUAGGGUAUUUGUCCUGCAGUCUGUACUGUUAGUGGUGGCUGUCACAAUUGGUUCAAUAUUUAGGAGACGACAAUGGCUGAGAAUAUAUUCAGGUUCAUCGAAAUAUGGAUCUUCAGAUGUUAAUUUGGAGAGGAUUGAGAAAUUGGAAGAAGAUGUAAAGAGUUCAGUUAUGAUUGUUAGAACUUUGGCAAGACAACUUGAGAAGUUAGGGAUUCGGUUUAGAUUAACAAGGAAGGGUUUGAAAGAUCCCAUUUCAGAGACUGCAGCUUUGGCCCGAAAGAAUUCGGAAGCUACGCGAUCUUUAGCAUUACAAGGAGAUAUUUUGGAAAAGGAACUUUCUGAAAUUCAAAUGAUCUUGUUAGCUAUGCAAGAACAACAACAGAAACAACUUAAUCUGAUCCUUGCUAUUUCGAAGACACAGCACCAAAUGUGAACUGAUGAAAUCCAAUCCAUUCCAAUCGGGUAAUAUGUGAGGUUUGUAAUAAAAUGUGAAAUAGCUAUGACAUUGCUUUACAUUCAUCUUCAGUUACAUAUUCCUCAUUGGUUUUCCUCUAAUUACCCCAUCUUCAUUGUAUCAACCAAAUUGUCAAUUAUUUUUCAUUUUUUAAAGUAAAAUUUGUACUUGUUAGAA